AUGAUUGCUAACAGAAAACGUUCUAAUGAGGACGGCAUGUCACCUUCGUUGACCAGCGUAUCGUAUAACCAAGGACACAAAUCCCGUCGACGAAACAUUGACAAUGAUGCUAUGUAUGAGAAUACAACUACACAGAUUGACAGCCCACCUAUGAAUGAUGGAGAAUCAAAGAUGGCUGAAGUAACGAAGCACUGUCAUUCUUGUCACACCACUGAGACACCCGAAUGGCGUAAAGGUCCCAUGGGUCCUCGCACUCUUUGCAAUGCAUGCGGAUUAAUUUGGGCCAAAUUAUCGCGCAAUCAACGUGAUGAACGACCAAGCAAGAAUCGUAGACCUUCAACACGAUCCCCGCGUUCCGGAACUUGCUCACCGAAACAGCGCGGUAAAACUGUAGACCAGGCAACGUUAUCUCCAUCCACACCUCCCUCCUCAUCUUCUUCCUCCCCAGUACCUGUGCCAUCCUCACGAGAACCAUCUCCUGUUGAUGUUCCUGCUCCUCCUCUUCCUCCCUCUUCUUCUUCUACUACUACUACUAGUACCACGACACCAGACCACUCUGAUACCACACAUCAUCAUGCUGUAAACAAAUGUGCAUUAUCGUUCUUAUUGAGUUGA